AUGACAACGUGGCAAGCUAAAUGUGGGGCCUCCUUGCUAUGUAUACGUACAUUCCGUCUAUUACAUAAGCCCACUGCAUCGACAACGGCGACGUCAGUGAGGCCGAUACGCCUCCACGUGGGUUCGGGUUGUCUGCACUUUCCAUGGUUUCCAGGUUGCCUCUCCGCUUUGCAUCUUUUACACCUCACAUCACCACUGCCAAACCCCCGCCGUCUUAGGAAAAGGCCUCGUUACAACUUCGUAUCAUUUCAAUCUUCACACAAUCUUCACAACUAUUCCCGCACAAUGAGCGUUAACAGUGCCAUUGCUGCGCUCCCUGCCUACAAGGCCCUUGACGCCUUCGUCAAGGCUGGUGAUAAGAAGUCACUUGAGGACACGGUACAAAAGUUCAACGAUCUGGCCAAGGCUUCCGAGUCCGAAUUAGAAGACUUCCUCUGGGAUACAUACAACGCCAUUUUUGCAGUCGCCAAGCAAACAUCCCCAGAGAAACAAGAGCCCCUCGCCGAUUUCGUACAACGUCUGCGCGAGACCACCGUCACUGGCUCCAACGGCCAAGCCCUGCAUCUUCAAGAGAGUGUUGUCUGGAAGGACCUGCCUACUUUUGGAUGGGUUGCUCGCGAUUUAUGGAACUUUGACGUCACCGAUGCUUCUGCAUCCAAGGAAGAAAGGGCCAGCUGGGACAACCUUGCGGCCUUCCUCGCCCAACUGACAGCCCGCGCCUCCAUUGACAGAACUCGUUCCGACCCCCUCGACUUCUCCAUGUUCGGCCUCUGGGCGCUGCGCACCGCCUUUGAGGAAGAACACCCAGCUGAGGCAGACACUGAAGCCGCCGUGAGACAGGCUUAUCUGUGGAUUCAGUACGCCGGAGACACUUUGAAGAAACUCUCUGUAGAUGGUUAUAAGCUUGAGGAGAGGACAGGUAUUGCGGGCACCAAAUACGAAGAGACCAAGGAUUGGAAGGGUUUCAACCAGGAGAGAUGGGACCUUUGGACUGAUGAGUUCAAGACAGCACAGACCUCCUCGUCUGAUUCCAAGCUGAAGGAUGAUGCUGCAAAGGCCGUCAACAUUAUGAAGAGCAAAUGA